GUGAUUUUUAAGCUGUGAGCUACACAGGAAGUGGGACGAAAGAAGAAGAUUUUACAAAGACGAGAUCAAGGUUUGCUCGGUCCGUCCCACUUUGUCCACGGAUUUAAUGGCUCCGGCUGCUGCAAUGCCCAUGUCUCGAGAACCCUCCAAUUAUGAUGAGAUUUCUAUGGAGCACAGCUUGUUGUUCUCUGAUAGUCUUAAGGAUUUGAAGAAUCUCAGAUCACAGCUCUACUCAGCUGCUGAGUAUUUUGAAAUGUACUACACCAAUGAUAACCAAAAGCAGAUAGUGAUAGAAACAUUGAAAGAUUAUACCAUCAAAGCUCUUGUGAAUACCAUAGACCAUUUGGGAUCCGUGACAUACAAGGUUAAUGAUAUCUUGGAUGAAAAAGUUGAAGAGGUUUCGGGAACCGAGAUCCGAGUAUCUUGUAUCGAACAGAGACUGCGAACAUGCCAAGAGUAUAUCGAUCAUGAAGGGAUUUCCCAACAGUCGCUGGUGAUUAAUACGCCAAAGUACCAUAAACGAUACUUCUUGCCGGUUGGGGAGACUAUGCACGGUGCGAACCAUACAAAGUCAAAAUACCUCGGAUGCAGCCUAGAUGACAAAGAUGACUGGGAUCAGUUCAGGAAUGCUGUUCGAGCUACAAUUCGAGAAACACCACCGUCUUUAGUCCGGCAAACCCCGACACCUUCAGUCAGUUUCAGAAAAGGGCGUUCCCCAUCACCAUCUCCACGGCCACUGCAGCAAUCUUCAACCUUUUCCUUUACUGCCACCACACCGAAGAAAGAACUAGAGAAGCGAACGGUAUCACCGCAUCGGUUCCCACUUCUACGUACAGGAUCCAUGAGCAGGCCUAGAACGCCAAAUAAGAGCUGCCCAACUACUCCGAAUUCAGCCGGUGCAAGGCGGCGGUACCCAUCGGAGCCCCGGAAAUCAGCUUCGAUGCGACUUCAAAGUGAGAAAGACACUGAGCAAGUCCCGAGCAAAAGCAAAAGACUGCUGAAAGCAUUGCUGAGUCGUAAAUCAAAGAAAGAUGAGACGUUGUAUACUUAUUUAGAUGAAUACUGAGAAAAACAAACCACAG